UGGAGCUCACAGACUGUGUACGUCAGCAUAGCAACCAAUAAAAUUUUAGUAUGUUGAAGUUGUUGCCACGUAGCACACAAAUUGACACAAUUGUAAAAUUGCAAAGAGAGGCUCAGUGUUAGACUGUAGUUUUUGAAUAAGAGAAAUUUCAGAUUCUUCAACCUCGUUUGGUUUAUUUUCCAACGUCAGUACUGCUUGUCGAAUAUCAACUUCGAAGAGAAAGAAGUCUUAUAAAGAAGAUAAAAUGUUAGUAGUAGACCAAGACAUCAUAGAGCCUAAGUCUGUAGAAAAUGCCCAAUCCGCUGCUAUAACUAGGAAGAGACAGAGACUUGACCAUCUUAGCUUCGAAGAAAAAAUCAUGAGAAGAAAACUAAAAAACAGAGUUGCAGCCCAGUCUGCUAGAGAUAGGAAGAAAGCAAGAUUAAGUGAGCUUGAAAUUGUUGUUAAAGAUUUAGAGGAGGAGAAAGUGACAUUAUUGUCAGAAAAUAAAUCAUUAAAACAGAAAUUAACGCUUCUGGAAAAUGAAAACUUGGAUCUGAAAUCAAGACUGGGCCUUAGACAGGUGAAACUAAAGCAAGAAGAUCAGGAAAAGAAGUGUAUCGUUGAAGGGAAGGACUUAAGUGGAUCUUUGAAGCAUGCAUCGCUCAUUAAUGGUCCUCUGCAGAAGGAACAAGAUCUACUGAUUUCUAUUCUCUUGAUGAUGCAAUAUGUCUUCUUGCCAGUGAUGAUAAGUCUGAUGAACUUUUUAACUUGCUUCAGCAGUACAGUGAAGAGUUAUUCCAGUGUAAUCUUGAGUCAGAAGAUUCAGUUUCAUUCAGCUCUGAACCUGUGCAGAAUAAAAGAAGCAAACCCAGCAGUCAAGUGGUGGGGCCCACAUCAGAAAAGUUGGAAUCCAUCAAAGAACUGAUCAAAUUUGAUCAUGUUUACUAUAAGAAGUCCAGUGUUGACACUAUGUCACCUGUGGCUGAAGAUCCUGCAAAAGAUAAUUGUGCUUUUAAUUCUACUGAUAACUCAAUUUCAAUGGAUGCAGAUGGUAAAGCUAACCAAGGACACUCCGAGCAUACUGUUUCAUCUUCUGAAGCUAUGGACAUUCCAAUAGACAAACUGUCAGAGAUUGUUGUUAACCACAAUUUUGUAGAUAUUGCUGAAGAAGAUAUUUUCCCUGUAUGUUCAACUGUUAGUCAUUUAGAUACCCUGGACUCUUUGGAAAUGAAAACAUCACCAUCUUGGAGUGAUCCAGGAUAUGAUUCUGGUCUUUCUGUUUCUUCACCUUUGAGUGACAGCAGUUCUUCAGAGUUAAAUAGUCUGCUAGAUGAUUCUUCUUGGGAAGAUUCUUUUUCUGAGUUGUUUCCAUCUUUAGUGUAAUUGUUUUUGUUAUUACCCCUAAUAUAUAUAUAUAUAUCUGUAUGAAAUUGUUCAUGUUAGUUAUUUUUGUCAUCUUGUAAGUAGUUUACAUGUAUGAAAUUGGUGUUGGAGUAUUUGUGGAAAUAAAGGCACAGAACUUGUUGCACUGA